CUGGAUCUCUCGGCACUACAACUCCUAACGAUCCGGCGCCUGCAAAGUAAGCUCGUGCGAGAAGCGUUGGAACACCGCUACCUUCCAGAAGGGGAUGAGGACCCGGCAUGGCUCAGCCCGGAGGCCGACUAUCGGAGUAGCACAAUGCGGCAGUAUGUACAUCAACACUGAUCUGUCUCUCGGACUAGUCGCGGCUCUCCAAGACUACGAUUACAUGGUCCAGCAAGCUCACAAAGGAAACGGCACGGAUCCUUUCCGUGUCAACAACGGUUCAACGCGCGGCUUCGCGCUGUUAGAGGAACAUCUCGAGUCGAUCCUGAAAUCGGAGCCGACGACUGCCGACACGUCCUCGGCACAAAGCAAUGGCAAAGUCCAUCCACACUUCAAUGCCAGAUCGGAUUUGGAGUACCUCCGCUGGAUCGGAAAGCCGAAGAAGGAUGUCGGACGCGAGAUCGCGGCCUUCCGAAGGUUCGUCUCCGCGGCUGAAUCGACUAUCAUGGGGUACUUGCACCGAUUGGGCGCCGGUCUGGCCGUGAGUAUGUUCUUGGUCGCGCCGAUGGUUAUCAUCAUCUUUGUCCCGCACCUAGACCGCGGGCGCGCAUCUGGUGUUGCUGCUGGCUUUACUUUUGUCUUUGCUAUGGCCGCGGCUUUCGUUCUCAGGGAGAUCUUGGGCGUCGUCUCAGCCACGGCGGCUUAUGCUGCCGUUCUGGUUGUUUUUGUCGCAGGGCAGCAAACGACUAUUCCCUGAGGCAGAGGGGUGAGAUCUACUUGCAUGUUGAGCAUCUUUUGUUGAUUGAAUAGGGAUCUAUCGGCCGGGUUUGUUGUAUUGAUCAUUAAAUGUACGAUCGGUGGCUUUGGGGU